AUGUCGACAAACACGCGUUCGACGCGUAAUAAACGUGUCUCCGACUCUGGGACGGCGGCGACGCGGUCGAAAUACUUCGAAUCUGAUGACGAUGAAGACGAACUGAAGGGGGCGACACCUACCAAAGCGAAGCCGCGGUCUACGAAGACUAGCCCUGCGAAAGCGACUCCGACGAAGAGUAAACCCGUGAAGACGAAGGGCCGUGCAUCGCCCGCCGGUACCAAAAACAACAAAGCCAGCCCGCCUCAGAAGAAGCCCCGUAAACCAGUCCAAUACGACACAGACGACGAAGAAGAGGAUCCUUCCGAGCUGAGCAGCAUCGACACACCAGAGCCAGAUGACGUAUACGCCGAAGCAGAGCCAUCCGAAGCCGAGGACGGUCACCGUGAGGGUGAGGAGCUGGACAGCGAUGCUCUGGAUGAGGAUACGGACGAUUAUGAUAUCCAUGCUGCGCCGAAGAAGGCGCCUGGAGAGCCGGAUAGCGAUUCGUUGGACGAGGACGACUUCGAUUUCGAGGGCGCAAAGGACGUGAAUGGGAAGAGCAAGAAACGCAAGCGUGUUUCGGCCUCUCCAACCAAAACCAAAUCGAAGAAGUCGACGAGCGCGACCCCGAAGAAAGCGAGUCCUAGGAAACGCCGAAAGACGAAGGAUGAGGAUGAGGAUGAUGAGGAGUACGAUGAGGAGGAUUUGGGAGAGGGGCAGGAGAUUGUGGGGAAAGUCGUUAAGGCACCGAAGACGGGCAGAGUUCCGGCUGGCCAAAUAUCACAGAACACGCUCAAUUUCUUAGGCGAGUUAAAAGUGCCGGAGCAUAAUGAUAGGGAGUGGUUCAAAUUGCACGAGCCGGUGUACCGUCUCGCCGAACAAGAAUGGAAAGACUUCGUCGAACAAUUCACGGACGACUUGAUCGAAGUGGACCCACAGAUUCCCCCACUCCCGCCGAAGGACGUUAUUCACAGGAUAUAUCGCGACGUACGAUUUAGCAAUGACAAGACGCCUUAUAAGACAGGGUUAUCUGCGAGCUUCUCAAGGAGUGGGAGGAAAGGUAUCUUUGCUGGGUUCAAACCAGACGGCGAGUCAUUACUUGCCGCUGGAACGUGGUGUCCAGGGAAGAACGAACUCGCCACCAUUCGGUCACACAUCCAACACUCCCCCACCCGCCUCCGAAAAAUCAUCACUAAUCCCUCCUUCGUCAAACUCUUCGGAGAGGGCAAGCCUCACCCGAAGGGCGCGAGACGUAAUAUUUUCGGGAUGGACGACGAGUUGAAGGUGGCGCCUAAGGGCGUGGCGAAGGAUCAUCCGGAUAUCGACUUGUUGAAGUGUCGUUCGUUUGCGGUUGUUUGUCGAUUCACGGACGAACAGGUUCUGAAGAAGAAUUUCCGCGAGGAGUUGAAGAGAGUCAUUGAGAUUACGAAGCCGAUGGUUUACUGCUUAAAUGAUUAUAUGACGGUUGGGGUCGGAGAUGAUAAUGACGAUGAUGACGACGAAGAUGAUCAAGGAGGUAAUGAGGGCGGAGACGGAGGCGAGGAGGACGACGAUGAGUAGAGAGGAUGCAGUAUUGGUGGACGCGUUUCUUUAUUUCAUCGGUAUUUUUUCUUUCUUUCUUUCUUUCUUGGGUUUCGGGAUUUU